AUGCGUGAGGUGGCUGCAAGCUACUACGCUAACCUCUUCAGCAUUGAGGGAUCCGAGGCAGCGGAGCUACUGCUGCAACACAUCGACUCACUUGUCUCGGAGGAGAUGAAUGCAAAACUGACGGCAGGAUUCUCAGCGGUACUAAAAAAUGCACAGCGGAUAGGUGAUAUUAAGGGGGCAUCGUUUGGGAGCACUGGCCCCACGGUAACUCACCUGCUUUUUGCUGAUGACAGCAUUGUGUUUCUUGAGGGAUCUGAAAGUAAUCUGGAGGUUCUCAAAACCAUCUUGCAUGAUUAUGAGGUAGCCUCUGGACAGAAGGUUAAUAUGCAAAAGUCAUCCAUCUUCUUUGGCAAGGGAAGCACAGAAGAGAACAGGGAGCAUCUCAAGGAGAUCAUUGGGAUCCAAUCAGAGGCUUUGAGCGAAAAAUACUUGGGUUUACCAACUGUGGUGGGAAGUUCCAAAGAAGGGACUUUUAAAUAUGUCCGGGAAAGUGCUAAGGGAAAGGUUACUGGAUGCAAAGGGCAGGGUAUGUCUAAGAAGGCUCACGAGGUGCUGGUCAAGUCGGUCCUCCAAUCUAUCCCUACCUUCAUCAUGAGUUGCUUCCAACUUCCCAAGAAAUUGUGCGGGAAUCUGACAUCUAUCUCUUCAAACUUUUGGUGGGGUGAAGCAAAUGGUGAAAAAAAGGUGCACUAG